UCUCUGAAUUGUCGAAGAGUUUGUCUCACUACUGAUAUGUGGACUUCUUCUUGUCAAACUUUGAGUUAUAUGUGUGUGACAGCCCAUUUCAUUGACAAUAAUUGGCACUUACAGAAGAAGAUUUUAACUUUUUGUCAAGUCACAAGUCAUACAGGGGAUGCUAUUUGUGCAACAAUGGAGAUGUGCUUGAACAGUUGGGGGUUAAACCGUGUGCUUAGUUUGACAGUUGAUAAUGCUUCAUCUAAUGAUGUUGGGAUUAAGCGUCUCAAGAGAAGGCUUUUGUCUAGGAAUAGUUUAGUUAUGAGUGGAAACCAUUUUCAUAUGCGGUGUUGUGCGCAUAUAUUGAAUUUAGUUGUGAAAGAAGGUUUGAAAGACAUUGAUGGCUCUAUUGGUAGAAUCCGUCAUGCUGUGUGGUAUGCUAGAUCUUCUCCUGUGAGGCUUGCUAAAUUCAAGGCAUGUAUUGACGAGGAAAGCAUGGACUAUAAAGGUUUAAUUUGGCUAGAUGUUGAGACUCGUUGAAACUCAACAUACUUGAUGUUAGUAUCCGCAUCAAAACAUGAGAGGACCUUUAAAGAAUUAAGUUUUCGAGAUAAAAAGUAUGUGAGUGAGUUGACAAAGAAGGGGAAAGGUGUUCUGACAGAAGAAGAUUGGAAGCAUAAUAACUUAAUCAUCCCAUUCUUGAAGUUAUUUUAUGAUGCUACCUUACACAUAUCGGGGUCAUCUUAUUUGACAAACAAUAUUUAUAUGUUUGAGAUCCUGGGUAUUGGAAAGAGCAUUGUGGAUAUGUGUGCGUCUGAAGAUGAGCAUCUACGUUCAGUAGCUCAAAAAAUGAAGAAGAAAUAUGAUAAAUAUUGGGGAAAUCAUGAGAAGCUUAACAUGUUGUUGUUGAUUGAUCUAGUAUUCGACCCUAGGCGCAAGAUUAGAUUGGUCAAUUGGAUGGUAAGGCGAUAUUAUAAUAAGGAUGAUGCUGACGCCUUGAAAGCAAAUUUAGAGUCUAGCUUGAAAUCUAUUUAUGAGGAAUAUUGUGUUGGAUUUAUGCCUCCUCAAGGUAAUUCAGAUGAGUUGCAAGUUUUUGGUGGUGUUAGUGAUCCUUAUGGAACUGCUGAGUUCUAUCUUUCAAAAGGGUGUGACAAUGCGGAUAAUGAGUUAACUACUUAUCUUGGAGAGAAGUUAGAGAAUAACAUGGAGAUAAAUGUUCUAGAGUGGUGGAAAGUGAACUUUGAUCGAUAUCCCAUCCUUUCAAACAUUGCAAGAGACAUGUUGGCUAUACCUAUAAGCACAAUGACUUCUGAAUCUGCAUUCAGUACAGGAGAAAGGGUGGUUGAUCCAUAUCGUAGCUCAUUAACACCUACAACAAUCGAAGCGUUGAUAUGCACCCAAGAUUGGCUCAAAGGAACAUCUUCCUCCUUGAUUACAAAUGAAGAUUUUGAUAUUCUUGAGAGAUUUGAGCAAGAAUUACUUUAUACGGAAGAUGGUGCUAGCUGUUCAACCUCUUCAACUUCUGUUACACUCGAAGAUGAUUUAACGGUAAAGAAUUCUAAAGUUUGUUUUUGCAUAUUCUACUCAAUUUAUUAUAUGUGCAUUUUCUGCACUUGUGGGUUUAUGUUGUUGCGUGAUUUGUUUUGACUUAAUGUGUUACUAAAUCUUCCCUUACACGGGUCUCAUAUUUUUGUACUUUAAACUAGGCUACUUAACUUGAAUAUAUUCUUUUUUGAGAUAAUGAGCUUGAGUUAGAUUUUGUUCGAGACAUA